AUGGCGGAGCAGUGGACCAUUAAGGUGAAAAUCGCAAGCAUGGACAACGAUGCCAUUAACAGCAAGAAAGGCACCAAGUGGAAACCUGGUGAUGACCUUACGCUGCAGAUCGAGGGUCAUGCGCCUGGCUCAAACGCCAUGUCGCGCUGGUGGGCUCGCGACCCCUGCGAAUCCCUAGUGGUCAACCUGCCGUCGCAGCGGCGCUCCGGGCAGCGGGGGCAGCUGCGUCGCUACAACGUCAUGGUGGUGUCAGAUGUGUGGCCAUCGAAGACAACUCGUUUUGCCCGAAAAGCGGCCAAGCGUGCUGAGACGGCGGCCGAGAGCGAUGAGACGAAGGAAUGCUUCUGGAGGCAACGGGCCAGGCGUUUCCAUGUGGACGCACAUUUUCCCGCCCUUGUCUCGCAACAACUGCUGCCGGGAUGGCAUGCCAUCAGUCCGGAGGAUGAAGAUGAGUAUGACACAAGGCAGCAACCACCCGCAGGCUACUUCGGCUUCAGUCAGACGCUGUUCAAGACCACUGCAUCCUGCAAUGCCAAGUUCCAAAAGAAGGAUGUGGCUGAGGAAGAGAAGAUUCGGCUCCCAUGGAUGGCCAUCGGCAAUGCCGGCAGCGCUGACCUCUGCGGACGUGGCCCAGUGUUGCACCUGGGGGACACCUAUCGGGAUGAGCAGGUGAAAGCCAGGCAAUCAGAUGACAGCCUGAUUGUGGUGAAGGAGCCUUUGCUGCCCGUGGGCCGUGCUUCCACGGUGCAGCGGAGUAGUUAUACCGACCUCGCCGGGUCGGGCUGCUCUUCGGCCAACAGUGAGAGUCGCCACCAUGAGAUCCAGGAGCGCAAGCUGCGAGGCGAAGCGUCGCGAAAGGAGUUGGAGCGAAGAUACGCAUCGCGUCGCAAAGACUUUCGACGCAGACGGGACAUGGCAAGCACUACCGACCGUGGGAUCAAGUUUCAGACCUCCACGGCAGACGAGACCAUCAACAUGCUGAAACAGCGAAUCGCGUUGAUUGUAAUGGCCCACCCGAAGUACCAAUCUGUGUCCUUCGGUGGAAGUGAGCCGCUGGAUGAUGUCACAAAGUUGCAAGACAUCGAGGGCAUGGCAAAUGGUAAGACCAUGGAUUUGGUGGUGGCUGUGCCUCCGGAACCAGAGGCCCCUCCGGUGGAGCUAUCGGACGAUGAAGGUCUGGCGACGGGAGAGGAGGAAGCCUUACCAGCUGCACCCUCAGCAGAUCUCAUCAGCAAGGAGCUCAGUGAUGCUGAUGCUGACAAGCAAGGCGAGCUCAAAGGGCAAGCGAUUGAGGCUCUGGAGGAUGGCGAUCUCACUGCAGCAGUGAAUAAAUUCACAGAGGCCAUGAUGCUUGGAGGAGUGUCUGCCAUGAUGCUGGCGAAGCGCGCUGAGAUGCUUCUGAAACAGAAACGAUAUCGAGCAGUUGAAGCAGAUGCCACACUGGCCCUGGAGUUGAAUCCUGAUAGCGCCAAGGCCUACCGGGCUCGCGGAAAAGCGAGGCGCUUCCUAGGAGAAUAUGCCUUGAGUGCGCAGGACUUUGCCCAAGCUCAGACGAUUGACUACGACGAUGGUGUCGUGGACAUGCACAAAUACGUGCAGACGCGCACGGAGAAGCUGCGGCUCAAAGCAGCUCAGGAUGCCAAAAAAGCGGAAGAGGAAGGCAAAGCAGCUGGAGCGUGA